AUGAUGAUCAUUAAACCCUCAACGGCAUUAUUGCACACUAUAUUUUCAUUCUUCUACAUAACCCUCGUCUCCGCCCACGGAUUCACCCAGAAUGUUACCAUUGCUGGCAAAGUUUGGUAUGGUUGGGACCCCUUCAAUGAUCCAUAUCAAAAUCCUUUACCUCAAGGCAUCGUUCGAAAGCCAAGGGAUGAUGGUCCCAUACAGGACAUCAAUGAUCCAGCACUCGCGUGUAAUGUGUAUGGUAUCCAACCUGCCGAUCUGGUAGCGGAUGCGAAUGCUGGGGAUCUAGUUACGUUCCAAAUGAAUAGAUGGCCGUCUGAUCACCUGGGUCCUUUGACUGGGUGGAUGGCGAAUUGCGGAGGCGACUGCAAGUCGUUUGACCCUACAAAGGGUAACGUCUGGUUCAAAGUCAGCGAAGAUGGCUUGACCAACGGACAAUGGGCCUCCUCAAAGCUCAUUUCUCAAGGCGAUAAGUGGAGCAUCACGAUACCGCCGACUAUCAAGGCAGGCCAAUACCUCAUGCGCUUUGAAUUGCUUGCCUUGCACAGUGCUGGUCAACCUCAGUUUUAUCCAUUCUGUGCCCAGCUGGACAUCAAGGGCACUGGCUCAUCCGUUCCUGGCCCUGGCGACCUCACCUCGAUCCCCGGUGUGUACAAUAAUGCAGGACAGGCUAUCUACGGUGAUAUUUGGAACAAUCCUACCUCGUGGCCUAUCGCUGGCCCGCGUCCCGUUGCUUUUGCUGGUGGACCUGGUAACCCUAAUGACGGUGGUGGAAAUGCGACGACGACGACGACGCCUGCCACUUCUACGGGGGAUGCUGGAAAGCCGAAGCCGACGAGCACGACUGGCGCAAAUCCAGGCAUGAACACGCGCAGGUGCCAAGCUAAGAAGAGAAAGAAUGUGUAUUUGAAGAGGGCAGCCCUUGCUCGGGCUCAGGGGUCGCAUGCGAAGAUCAGACGGUCAAAGGAAUUGUUAAAGUUAUGGUUAGUUUUUUUUUUCGUUUCCAUAAUUCCUUGCGGAUGUUGA